AUGUUGCUCGGCCUCCGUUGUCUCAGCCUUCAGUUCACCUCUCCUUGCGCCCGGUUUUGCGUGGCGACCUUCAUUUCGGGGUCGAAGUUUUCUUCUAUAAAGAUCUUGGCAAAAAAGAGGCCGUUUGUAUCGUAUUACAAAAUCUUUGUUUUCGUUUUUUGUUUUCUAGAGGCGAGCCACGAGGCGUGCCGCAAGCGGUACCUCGCGCUCGCGCUGCGCGUGCACCCCGACAAGACGUCGGAGCCACGCGCGCAGGAGGCGUUCAAGGCGCUCGAGGCGGCCUUCCGCAGCAUUCCAGUGCCAUGA